AUGGAGAUUGAUCCAGCAGCUAAAGCGGAGGAGGUCGUACGGGUCGACCUUUUUGUCGAUUCUGGAUCCACAACAGCAAAAAUUUGCUACGCGAGCUUCGAUUCGCACCUGAGAGUUGUCGAAGAAGGAGACCUUACCAAUUGGCCCGAUGCGAACAUCCAUGCGAAAUGCAACGCCCAGACUCCCCAUGUACCUAGUCGAAUCUAUGUCGACGAAGCUGCUGGCGAAGUCAAAAUAGGCUACUCAGCUCCGAAUAUUGCUGACAGCUUUAAAUUCUACCUUCUCGGACGCGACGAGUUGCGCAUAAAUGACGAAUCUAAGCAAAACCAAGCCAUCCGAACAUGUCUAUGCUAUUUCCUACAGCACUUCCGCACAGAAAUAUUGUUGAGCAAGUACCCACAUCUUCAAAGGAAGCGUGCAGUGCACAUCACUUGGACAUACCCUGUCGAGUGGGAAAAUGAGGAGGAACAGCACCGUCAAAAGAGAUACAACGCAAGAUGGGAAGAAUUACUGGUCGAUUCAUCAAAUCUCCCACAGGAUUUCUAUCCCAAAGGAUUUAAUCCCGGGAACUUCGAUCCUAAUGACUUCAGUCCCGACACGGAGAGCUUGUCUGAGCCCGACGCCAUAGCUAACCAGUUGAUCCCUUAUUUUCUUCAGGAAAAUAAGGGCGACGCCCAUCAGAAACCGAAGGACAACUGUAAAGACAUUGUCUGUGUUGGAGUUGGAGGAGCAGCAUUCAAUAUUGCAGCCUUGCGUGUCUAUCUUAUUGAUGGGAUACCCCGAAUCUUGCAAUUAGGAAACAGCAUUGGUGGUAGGGGUGGCGUGGAAGAGAUGGGGCAUGCAUUCGAUGUAGAGGUGCGAAAGAAGCUACAAAGCGAUCAUCCAAAUCUUGAACCCGCGAUUUGUAACAAGAUUUGCCGCCAAGCCAGAUACCACUUCGAAAUGCAACAAAGCCAUUGGGGCAAUGAUGAAGAUUCACAAACCGAGAUAAGUAUCAAGAUAGGUGAGGAGCACUAUGACUUCGAAGUCUCUACCGAGAGAUACUUCGGCAUUGGAUUUGACGAAUUCUUCAACAACAUCAACAAGUUCUUGGGAAAUCUGAAAGAGAGAGGGACGUUUCCUUCACUUGAAACAGCCGCCGCAGAUGGCGGAGCCUUUGGCUUGAAGAAAAUGUCAACCAAAUUUGGCGAGACAAUGAAAAAGUACGACUUAACGGCAAAGUUUCCAAGCCUCAAUACCAGCAUGACUGUAAGUUAUGGUGCGAGGCAGGCCGUUAUCCAUCGAUUACGCCUAAAUAGAGAGAUUGCCGUUGGAGAGUUCUUGAAGAGAACCCGCUUAGCAAUUCAAUUCUGCAAAGGUCCUGAAAGAUCUGGCGAAGUAGAAUCUAGCGAAGAAUCUGGCAAAGAAAAGGGAUGUGCAGCAACUCUGUGGUGUCCCUCAGAUGCGAAUAUACCGAACGUAACCAAGUACAAGCUUGAUGCCGAAGAUCUACCUGGCUUCUUCAUGGUCCUAUGCGCAGAUGAAGAAUGCCUGGGGGAAAAAGAAUGCCUGGACGAAGGUACAUUCGAAAUCGACGAAACAUAUUGCUACCCUCUUACGACUCAAAAGAUACCAUAUAGCCAACCGGGACCUAUCAACAUUAGCAUGUGGAAAGAGAACGAGCAGUUCCAUCUACGGUUCACCCGAGGCGGUCGAUGGGGCGGUACACACGAAUGGUUGUUUGAUUCUGCCCAUGUUCAGCUUGGCCAGAACAAUAUUUUUUUCGACGUCAGGAAGAUGGAUUCGCUUAAGCCGCUUAAGCGAAAGAGGACCUAG